AUGACCAUUGUUAAUAUUUCAGGUUAUUAUUGUGAUGGAUUAGGUUUAGUACAAGUAACAAAUCCUUGUGAUGAAGGUUAUUAUUGUCCAGAAGGACAAACAACAGCUGCUCCAGUAGCCUUCAUCUGUCCUCAAGGCUUCAAUUGUCCAACAGGAUCAGAUCAACCUAUUAUGUGUCCUAGAGGUUUUUACCAAUUUUCGACAGGCAUGGGUACAUGUGACCAAUGUCCUUCCAGAUUUUAUUGUGAUCCUUAUGAACUUGGUAAUACUACUGGUAUUAUUAAUCCUGUAGACUGCCCAGUUGGUCAUUACUGUCCCCUCAGUACAGGAUAUAAGUAUACCAAUCCAUGUCCACCUGGUACAUUUAGUAAUACACCAGGUUUUGAAUCUAGUGGUAAGUACGCUAAUGAAUGUAUACCAUGUGACCCAGGGUAUUACUGUCCAUCACAAGGGUUGAUCAAACCCUAUGCAGAAUGUACUGCUGGUUAUUAUUGUGAAGUUGGAUCUCCAGAACCAGCACCUGUUGGACAGUCGUAUGGUUAUUUAUGUCCAGUUGGUCAUUAUUGUCCACAAGGUACACCAGUGCCUGUUCCUUGUAGCAAGGGGACAUACCAACCACAACAAGGAGCAGGAAAUAAAAGUGAAGAUUGUAUUGAAUGUCCACCAGGAUAUUAUUGUCAGGGUCAAGGCAACACUAAUCCAACAGGACUCUGUGAUCCUGGAUUCUUCUGUACAGCUGGAUCAAUGCACAAACGACCCUUUGAUCCUGGUUUCCUUACUUACAUCAAUGGAACAUCAAGGUAA